AUGUCUAAAGCUCAGAAGAAGAUGGCUAUCGUCAUCGGCGCUGGCGCCGGCGGCAUUGCCACGGCCGCUCGACUAGCCAAGUCGGGCUUCUCGGUAACGGUGCUGGAGAAGAACAACUUCACGGGCGGACGCUGUAGCAUUCUGCACCACGAAGGCUACCGGUUUGACCAGGGUCCCUCACUGCUCCUCCUCCCUAAGUUGUUUCGGGAGGCAUUCUACGACCUCGACACGUCGCUCGAGGCCGAGGGUGUCGAACUCAUACAAUGCCCCACGAACUACGAGGUCUGGUUCGCAGACGGGGAGAAGUUCGAGCUAUCAACUGACCUAGCGCGCAUGAAGAAGCAGAUUGAGCGGUGGGAGGGUAAAGAUGGGUUCCAGCGGUACUUGGCAUGGCUGCAGGAAGCCCACCAGCACUACGAGCUCAGCGUGACUGAAGUGCUGCACAAGAACUUCACGAGCUGGUGGGAUCUCGCGAAUCCCAGCUUCGUCCUGACGGGGUUGAAGCUGCACCCCCUACACAGCAUCUGGAAUCGCGCCAGCAAGUACUUUUGGACCGAAAGGCUGAGGAGGGUAUUUACCUUCGCCACUAUGUACAUGGGCAUGAGCCCCUUCGACGCGCCGGCCACGUACUCGCUGCUGCAGUACACUGAGCUCGCUGAAGGGAUCUGGUACCCACGGGGCGGGUUCCACGCCGUGCUCGACGCAUUAGUAAAAGUCGGCGAGAGACUAAGCGUCGAGUACCGGCUCAACACGCCCGUGAAACAACUCCUCACCACCUCGGACGGCAAAACUGCCAAGGGAGUAAUCCUUGAAUCAGACGAGAUCAUCGAGGCGGAUGUGGUGGUGGUCAACGCUGACCUCGUCUACGCAUACAAUAACCUCUUCCCGCAAACUUCCCCUAUAAAGUCCCAUGGCCGGUCCCUGCGCGAGCGCGACAGCUCCUGUAGCUCGAUCUCCUUCUACUGGAGUCUGGACCGGAAGGUUCCCGAACUCAAAACGCACAAUAUCUUCCUGGCCGACGAAUACCGCGAGAGCUUCGACGCCAUCUUCGCCCGGCAGUCCUUGCCAGAGGAACCCAGCUUCUACAUCAACGUGCCCAGCCGCAUCGACCCGAGCGCCGCCCCCGAAGGACGUGACGCCAUCAUCGCCCUCGUUCCCGUCGGGCAUCUUUUGCAGUCCAAAGGCUUCCUAAAAUCCGACUCUGGAAUCCUGAGAGACCAAGACUGGCCCUCCCUGAUCGCGUACGCGCGCCGCUCCGUGCUUUCCACCGUCUCUUCCCGCACGGGCUGCGGUCCCCUGUCCGAGUACAUAAUCCACGAAAUCGUCAACGAUCCAUUCUCCUGGGAAUCCAAAUUCAACCUAGACAAGGGGUCCAUCCUAGGCCUAAGCCACAGCUUCUUCAACGUUCUCAAGUUUCGGCCUUCCACCCGGGCCAAAGGUAUGAAAAACACGUAUUUCGUCGGCGCAAGCACGCACCCGGGGACGGGGGUUCCUAUUGUGUUGGCGGGGGCUAAGAUCACGACGGAGCAGAUCUUGGAGGAUUACGGGUUGAGGGUGGGGUGGAGGCCGCAUCCCUCUCAGAUACUGGACCAGGGCGUGCCGCAGAAUAGGGAGACGAGGAGUUUAGAUCGGGUGGCGCCUUCGGAGCGGAUUUGGUACCUCAUGUUGGCCAUUUGGUUUUGUGUUGCGGUGGGCUUUGGGGGUUACUAUAUGGACAUCAUUUGA